AUGGCUGAACAGAUAAUACACAAGAAAACCAUUAAACGCCUCGAUAAGGACAAGAGACAGCUGUUAAAGCAGUAUUAUCAGCUCGAUAGCUCUCCUGACAACCCCAGCCCACAAAAUAAGCCCCAAACUAAAAAAAAACUCCCUGACCAUCAAACCAACUCACAAGAACAACCAAACAACCCCGAAGAAUCCCCAGCCAUCCAAACCGCCAUUGCUGAUAGUACUCUAACACAGCUGCUACAUUCCCACAACAUCCUGUUAACCCGAGAAACCGCAGCAAACAACUCCAUAAAGAACACUAUCUACGAUAACUACUACGAUCUCAUUAAGGUUAACCACCUACUUGGCGAAAUGGCAAAUUCUACCAUGAAUCAUGAACUUGAGGUCUUGGCACAUAACGUCAAACUCAUUCGAAAAUAA